UGAAGCAUCCCCGGGACAAAUAAAGGGUUAAGUGUCCGGUCACUGCCCCGCCCUGUGGGAGCCGGAGGGAGCAGGUUUGAAAGUUCCUGUGUGCUGAAGGGGAGGCUGGGGGUGGGGGCGCUGGCUGUUCCUGCAAAGCUACUGCACCGCCGGCGCUGCGGCGGCGGCCUGGCUGCUCCGCCCGCGCGUGGGGGGCCGGCGAGUUGGCCGGGAAGCCAGGACCGGAGCGCCGGCGCCCGGAAGGGACUGGAGGCAACCGGCGAGGGGGCUGUCACGCCGGGCGGAGCGGGCCAGGCGGCCGGCGCGAGCGGCCGGGGCGCCGCGGAGCUCGCGCUUCUCCCCGCGGCCCCGGCCCCGGCUCCGGCUCCGGCUCCGGCUCCGGCUGGGGCUCCGGCUUUGCCCGGCGGGCGCGCGCGGUGCGCUGCGGCCUCGGGCGGCUUCUGCUUCGCCGGGGGCGGCUAUGCGAGAGCGCGGCCAGGACGGCCCGGCAGGACUCGUGCUGUAUGUAGGACUCUUCGGGUCCCCCGGGAUGCUGCACAGGGCCAAGUACAGCCGCUUUCGGAACGAGUCCAUCACGUCCUUGGACGAAGGCAGCCCCGGAGGCUCGCUGGGCAGCAAGGGCUCGCCGCAGCCUCCCUGCCCCGCACUGGCCCCUCACCUGCCGCCAGAAGAUGCCGCCUCGGCCGCGUCCCAGGACAGCCCCACCCCGCUCUGCACCCUCAUCCCCCGCCUGGCCAGCGUCAAGCUGGCCAACCCGGCCACCUUGCUGAGUCUCAAAAACUUUUGCUUGGGGACCAAAGAGGUGCCCCGACUGAAGCUCCAAGAGAGCCGGGAGCCGGCGUCCCCAGAAAGCAGCCUGAGUAGGGCAGGGGCGGCACCUCAGCCACAGCCCACUGCGCAGCCCGACCUGGUGGGGCUCAGGCCCCCCGCCUGCCCUUCAGAUGCCUGUCCCCUGCCCGGCCCUGGGGAGCCAACCUCGGAGAGAAGGCCCGACGGGCACUUUCUACAGCACCUGUUGGGAAUGGGCAUGAACUACUACGUGAGGUACAUGGGCUGCAUUGAGGUGCUGCAAUCAAUGAGGUCAUUGGAUUUUGGAAUGAGAACCCAAGUUACAAGGGAAGCAAUAAGUCGCCUGUGUGACGCUGUUCCUGGGCCAAUUGGAGCUGUUAAAAAACGAAAGCCUCCCGUGAAGUUCCAGUCACCAGUUCUUGGCAAAAGUAAUCUUCAGUUUUCGGGAAUGAAUAUAAAACUGACCGUCUCAACGUGCAGCCUGACACUGAUGAGUCUUGACAACCAGCAGAUUAUUGCAAAUCAUCACAUGCAGUCUAUUUCAUUUGCCUCUGGAGGGGAUCCAGAUACUACAGACUACGUUGCAUACGUGGCUAAAGAUCCAGUUAAUCAACGAGCCUGCCACAUACUGGAGUGCCGCAAUGGAAUGGCUCAGGACGUCAUCAGCACCAUCGGCCAGGCCUUUGAACUCCGGUUCAAACAGUAUUUGAAAAAUUCUUCUUUAAAUGCUUCUUGUGAAAGUGAGGACAUGCCAGCUGAUGGUCAUGCUGCUGCCGAAGAGAAAGAAGAUCAUGAAUAUUACAAUGAAAUCCCAGGGAAGCAGCCACCCACCGGUGGUGUUUCCGAUGUGCGAAUCAAAGUUCAAGCUACAGAACAAAUGGCUUACUGCCCCAUACGCUGUGAAAAGUUGUGCUAUUUGCCCGGAAACUCCAAGUGCAGCACUGUGUAUGAGAACUGUCUAGAACAAAGCAGGGCAUCAGAGCCACCGGAAACCGUUCAGCCAGGUGCUACGGUUCAGCCCAACAGCUCACAUUCUUUGCCGCACAUCAAGCAGCAGCUGCGGAGUGAAGACUGCUACCAUGGCAAGCUGAGCCGGAAGGCGGCUGAAAGCCUCCUGCUCAAAGACGGGGACUUUUUGGUUCGAGAGAGUGCCACAUCUCCUGGCCAGUAUGUGCUGAGUGGACUACAGGGAGGCCAGGCAAAACAUCUUCUCUUGGUGGAUCCUGAAGGCAAGGUGCGGACCAAGGAUCAUGUAUUUGAUAAUGUUGGUCACCUUAUCAGAUAUCACAUGGAUAACAGUCUGCCCAUCAUCUCUUCAGGGAGUGAAGUGAGCCUUAAACAGCCAGUGAGAAAAGAAAAUCACCCAGGACUUUUGCACGUCAACAAAUGACGGUAGGGACAUGCCAUUAUAACAUUUCAAGAAACUUCAUUUUGUGCUAGGACACAAAAAUCAUUCAAACUUGGCUUCUAUAUAAAUAGAACCCAAACUGUGAAGUGUAUCUCUCCAAGACCAUCUUGGACUUGGUUCUUUAUAAAACAAGGAACUAACAGUAACAGCAACAAAAACCAACAACAAAAAUCUCUCUUCAGAAAGUGAACAUCAGAGAUGGGGAAGAGCAUCACUCUAUUGGAAAAGAAAUUAUAUGUAUGCACGGAUGUCACUUUUUGCGGCCGUAUUGCAUCGUUAACAAGCUAAAAAAAAAGCACAAUUAAAAUUUCACACGCUAAAGAUAACUUGAAUGAACUGCUAGGGCAGUGGUAUGUGCCUUCCAACUUGAUUAUUUAGGGACAUUUUCAUAUUGGGGAGAUAAGGUCUAAGUGUCUUCAUAUCUUAUCACGAUAGAACCAUUUGCCAAAAAUUUUUUUUCCUUGCUUAAAAAAUAAUAAGCAAUUUGCUCAGUAGCUACUGACUUUAUUACAUGCUCUGUUUAAUAGCAUUUUCACUGCAGUGUUAAAAUAAAUUUGAUGUUGAAUUUGGACCAUCUCUAUGGCACUGGAAUCAAAUCAAGAACCAUUGUAAGUAUUGGUCUGCUUCAUUGGCUAUCCUGUUUUCUGGCUAAAAGGUUAGGGCCAAAAUUCUUUGACCUAGUAUUUCUCAAUCUUUGCUGUUGGGAUUGUUUGUAGCAGGCAUGUAACAAACUGAAAAGACCAAAGUUUUCUGACAUUUCUGAAUUCAUCAUAUUUCUCUCUGUCCCUUCCCCCCUAACCCAGUCAUGGGUUUAAAAGAUGGCCAACAAUACAAAUCGGUUUUCUCCUUCUAUAGAGAAUUUAUAAUUUGAAAGCACAAAGAAUUGUCCUCUUGAUUGGCUGUGACUAAGUCUUUUAGUCCUUUGCUUACCUGUAUCCUUAGCAUCUUUUCUAGAUGUAACCAAACAAAAAAACAGAAGGGGAGGAGAGGUCCAUAUUGAACAAAACAGUUGGAAAGCUUGGCCACAGGGACAGUCACUGGUAAGCUGCUGUUGAAAUGAAGUAUUGAGUUGAGAAAAGUGCUAAAUUGGGAUACAUCAGUCUGACCUUAAGCAAAAUGCUGCAUCUGUCUGAACUCCAGUCUCCUUCUUCAUGAAUCGAGGGAGAUGGGCAAGGUGAAUUCAGAGGUCCAUUUCAGUUCGAACAUAUGCAUCCAUUAAAAAAAAAUUAAAUUUCCACUGGUUAGUGGUCAAUGUUGAUACCCAGCCUGAAUAAUUAAGGUGAAAGCUUCAAGUUUCAUUUUUUCCCCUUUUUAUUCUACACCCAUACUUACAGGAUGCAUAUCACAACUGAGACCAGACUUUGAAUAGUGGAGAACCCAAGUCUUUCAGACAAAAGCUCUGAAACUUUGGAAUAGUGUAAUUAAUUGUUGUCAUGGUUGCUGUAAGUAGUGGGGAAGAUGCUCCUGUCUUUUGCUUACCUUUAUUUCUUCCAUUCAACCAUUAUAAUUUUUUUUAAUUGUGAGUUAUCUGGACAAUUGCCUUAAUUUCACUUCAUUUUGGCUAUGUAGACAUCAUUUCAUAUUUGUAGUGGUGAUAUAUUUGCUGUUUUUAAAAAUAAAACAUGGGCAACUUCUUUUGCAUAGAAAUCACGAGAAAUCAAGCACACUGAACUCUACUGUUUGCCUGGAAAGCUCUGUGAUUUUAUUUUACUUCGAAUGCCACUAGCUUCUUGGAUAGAGUCGCUUCUUUGUACACAAUGAGGAAAUAUGCAUUUUCCAUCUCUUUUGCCUAGGCCUUAUUUCUUAAUUAUGGGAAUAGAAUCUUCUAAGGUCAUAGAAAUGUGAGGGUGAUCUAAUCACCUUUGUUACAGACAGGGAAGAAUGUGGGCUCAGUCUGGCUGAGCAGAGUGCUAACUUGGGAGCAAAAAGAAGUUCCCUAGACAAAUAGAAGCAGAGUGUAUAAAUAAUAUGAGCAGUGCACAUGGGUGGUCAGUAUUUGGUUAUAAAGAUGUAGUAGCUGGCUAAGCAAGUACUGCACUUAAAAAUACUAUGAACCUGUAAAACACAAUGAAACCACAAAAAUGUUUGACUGCAUGCUAUUUUAAUGAAACACUCUUAUCUUCACGUGUCUUAAAGUGGAACUCCAUCUGUCUAUAAAUAUAUGUAAACAACUUUUCAAAAAAAAUAAAUGAUUAUUGCUUUGUGACA